CCGGCCGCCCGCCCGCCGCGCUUGCCCGCUUGCUCCACACUUGCUCGCGGGAGCUUCCCCUGAGUGGCGGUGUCCCGCCGCGGCCAGCGUACCCGGAGUCUCCCCUACGCUCGCAGCUCCACUCGGGUCCCACCACACCACACGCGGCCUGGCCCGACAGCGACAUGGGCGUCCCCCGGGUCGCCGCCGCCUGCGCCCGGCGCUGGGGACCCGUGUUUGUAGCUGUCUUCCUGGCUGCGUCCCGAGGUCUGGUGGCUGCCUUCAAGGUUGCUACACCCUACUCCCUGUAUGUGUGUCCUGAGGGGUACAACGUCACCCUCACCUGUAGGCUCUUGGGCCCCCUGGCCAGGGGGCAUGAUGUGACCUUCUACAAGACGUGGUACCGCAGCUCUCGGGGUGAGGUGCAGUCAUGCUCUGAGCGCAAGCCCAUCCGCAACAUCACGUUCCAGAACCUUCACCUGCAUCACACAAGCCAUCAGUCUGCUAACUCCAGCCAGAACCUGGCCCAGAGCCACGGGCUGGAGCUGGCUACCGAUCACCAUGGCAACUUUUCUAUCACCAUGCGCAAUCUGACCCUGUGGGAUGGUGGCCUUUACUGCUGCCUUGUGGUGGAGAUCCGGGGCCACCACUCAGAGCACAGGGUCCACGGGGCCAUGGAGCUGCAGGUGCAGAGAGGCAAAGACGCACCAUCCAAAUGCAUCACCUACCCAUCUUCACCCCAGGAGAGUGAAAACAUCACGGCUGCGGCCCUGGCCACAGGCGCUUGCAUCGUGGGGAUUCUCUGCCUCCCGCUCAUCCUGCUCCUGGUCUACAAGCAAAGGCAGGCAGCCUCCAACCACCGUGCCCAGGAGUUGGUGCGGAUGGACAGCAGCAGCCAAGUUCAGGGAAUUGAAAACCCAGGCUUUGAGGUCUCUCCACCCUCCCAGGGGAUGCCUGAAGGAAAGACCAGGUCCCCACUGUAUUACGUAGCCCAGCGACAGCCUUCUGAGUCCGGCAGGCACCUGCUCUCAGAGCCAAGCACACCCCUGUCCCCUCCAGGCCCUGGGGAUGUCUUCUUCCCAUCCCUGGAUCCUGUUCCUGACUCCCCAAAUGCUGAGGUCAUCUAAAGCACCUGGGGGGACAGUGGGCAGCCGUGGGCACAUCUGGAGCAGGUGCACUGGAGCCAGACUACCCCUCCUAUGACAUCCGUUUGUUUCCUGUGGCUCUGAGCCCAGACCUUUGCUCCCUCUGGAUGCUGCAGGGGAAGAAAGGAGAAGCUGGAUUCCUCAGUCUCCUUCAGAGGAUGUUGGGGUGCUGGGGUCCCCCUAAGAGACUUAAAAUUUAGCAGCUACAGAUGCCAAAUGGCCUACAUCCUAACAAGUCCUGGAACAUCCAGCUGUGCAGCAGCUGGUCUCUGGGACACGAGCCAAAGGGCCUGGCAGUACACACAGAAAACACAACAUG